AUGCCCAAGAGGAGGGUCAGCUCCACCGAGGGGGCAGUAAAGGAAUGUCCCAAGAGGAGGUUGGCAAGGUUGUCAGCUAAACCUGCUCCUGCAAAAGUGGAAAUGAAGCCAAAAAAAAAAAAAAAAAGUGGUAGAAAAGGAUAAAUCUGCAGACAAAAAGUGCAAACAAAAGGGAAAAGGGGGACAAAUGGAAAACAGGCUAACCAAGUGGCUAACCAAGAUACUAAAGAUUUACCUGCAGAGAACAGAGCAGCUAAAAAUGAGGACAGCCCAUUUUCUGAUGAAGCAGGAGAGAAAGACACCAGGUCUGAUUAA